AUGACUUUCCAAACCUACAGCUUGUUUGUUCUGUCUAUCGUCAUGAUUUAUUCUGGACGUGUUGAAAAUAGAUUAAAUCUGCUUCAACUUCAAGAUGAUAUAGACAAACUGAAAGCUGAUUUUAACUCAAGCCGUUCAGAUGUAGGUGAUGGUGGACCUAUCUUUACGGGGAAAUUGUCAAACUGGACAGAAACAAAUGAAAAAAGGAUCAUCCUGAGUCAGAUUGUUUCCAUGUACUUGAAAAUCCUUAAAACCACUGACCAGUCAAAGGCACAUGUCAAGAACAUAUCUGAGGAGCUCUACACUUUGCAAGCAAGCCUUUCUGAUGACUCAAAGAAGAUGGAAUAUCUCAAGAACCUGACAGAGCUUCAGGUGAAUGACUCGACAAUUCAACGUAAAGCUGUGAAUGAGCUGUUCAGUGUCUUACAAAAACUGGGGGAUACUACAAGUUCUUCAGGAAGAAAAAGAAGGCUGGUUCAGAGGCAGUGCAAAUGCUAA